CGUUGAUAUAACCACCGGCAUAAAUAACACAUGUAAGACUUCUUUUAUUUCAUAUGAUCUAUCUAAAUAAAACUAUUUCUUAAAAAUUACUAUAGAACUACUUAUCGUUAAAAUGCUAAGACUGCUGAAUCAACCUCUUAAAUCUCGUCUCAUUACAAGCAGCCCCUCAUACAGUAGGAAGAAUUAUUUCUGUUCCGACUCAGAUCCGAAAGACUCAGAUCCAAAAAACAAAGGUUCGGAGGAAAAGAAAGGUAAAAAAAAAUCUGAUUCGGAGGAUUCAAAUACCGAAAAUAAAUCUUUGAUCGAGAAUAUUAUUGAUGAAGAACUGAAGGUAAUAAAGGAAGUAAGUAAAGAUGAACAUAUUGCAGGUAAAGGAAAAGAAGUUUUGGGUAAGAUUGUGAUUGCAGCUUUAAAUCCUAUAACAGCAGACGUCACUAAACGCUUAGGCCUAGGGGAAAAAAAGACUGAAGACGAUAAAGAGGAUGAAUCUAAGGAUAAAGACGAGUCUAAGGAUAAAAAAGAGUCGAAAAAGGAGCAAAAGUCUAAAGAAAAAAAAGAGCCUAAUGAAAAAGAAUGAGGGGCAGAGUGAACAAGCUGUGGAACUGUUUUAAUAAAGGUUGAUAAUUUUAUUAAUUUAA